AUGUCUGCCUCCAACUCUAACGCUUCUGGUUUUCCUUAUCAUGGAAUGAACUCGUAUGGUCUGCCAAACCCACCUCACUCUACUGAACUCAACAUGGCCGGUCAUCACGGUUCUGCUCCCAUCGAUGGCUACCAUUCUUCUCUCGACAAUGCUCAUCUUCGUAUGAACGGAAACCAUGGCCUUACGAACUAUAACCCCUCUUCUGCCAUCGAUGCUACUACCGAUGCUGCUAUCGAUGAUUCCGAUAAAAGCAUGGAUGAUUACGAUGAAAGCAUGGAUGAUUCCGAUUCCCAACCCUCUAUGUUCCCGCAGCGACCCACCGCUAUGAACGAGGAUACCUUUACAUGCCCGGAGAUCCUCGACUCUGUACUUGCAAACCGAGAUGGGAAGUAUACUCUUGAUCGACAGCUUGUGAUCGCAGAAAUCUUGAUCCUCGUGAAGGAGAACCCGGACUUGCCCUUCCCGGAGUUUCUUCUGGAUGCCCCCGAUCACAACGACAAGGAGGCCCGAGACACCUAUCUGCUUAUUGCGAGGUGGUUCAAGCUUGAUUACAAGCAGAUUAAGAAGCUUGGAGAGUUUCCGGUCGCAGAGGCCACCCUCCGGGGUCGCCACCGGGUCUUCACCCGUCCCGCUGAGGCCCGCCCCCGCAAGCCUGUCGCGUGGACCGAGGAGCAGACCAGGGCCAUGCAUCUGGCCAAAGCCCAGGUCGAGGCAUAUAUCGACAGCAUGAAGGCGGCCAAGCGGGCUGGUCACCAGGUGGGGCCUAUCCCGACCUUUACCUGGCAGCGGGUUGGGGAUUGCAUGCGGGAGAUGGGGGUGAGCCACCGCUUCAACGGUGGUGUGAUUGCCAACCAGUACCGGGGCGGUAGGGGAAAGAAGGGCAAGAAGGGCGCCCAGUAG